CUUCAUUUUGCUGUGCAGUGUUUUACUUGAAUCAAAGAUUAAAAACAGCGAUAAAAGAAAUUAGAAAGAUAUGCGCGGUGUUGGGGUUUUCACCCUACUCGUCGUCACUAUUUGGCAAUUGUCUCCAGUAGAAGGAAGCAAUGGAACGGAAAUUGAAUACAUCUUCUAUUCAAACGCCACUCACAUUUCCUAUGUUUCUAUUGAUGGUGGAGAAUCUAAAGCCUUGGUGAAGACACCAAGCGCGACCCUUUCUUACGACGAACUGAACUACCGUCUUUGGUAUUAUAAGGACGGUGAGAAACUGUACAACUCAAAUUUGGAUGGGAGUGAUUUGAAAAAUGUUUCGGUUCCAUCAAAUUUCGGUCCCUUUGCUGUUGAUGCAGCGAAUCAACGUGUCUAUUAUCUCACGAAGACUGAUUUUAACCUUAAAUUGAUUGACUAUGAUGGGAACGACUUACCAGAUAUUGGUGUAUCACCAGACGAUGAUUUCAGGGAUUUGCAAAUCGACACCCAUAACAGAUCAAUAUUUUUCACCACUGAUCUUACGAACAGUCGAAAUCUCAUCCGGUACAGUCUUGCUGAUGGAACUCAUCAAACUCUUCACUCUGGUGUUCCUGGAAUAGGCACUCACCUUGCGCUUGAUAUCAUGAAUAAAACCGUAUACUGGAUUCUAUUUACUGCUGAGACAAAUUACAAAAUUUUAAAAACAACGUACGAUGGUCAGACUUCACAGAUUGGAACAGAUCAAUCAGGGAGUAUUACAACCGUGGACAUUGCAGAUGGGAAUGGAUACUAUUAUAUCCUCGAUACAACAGAAUCACGAAUUGAUAAAUAUAAUAAAUCGUCAGAUAAAGUGGCUACUACGAUUUCACUUUCAACUGAAGCCACAAGAAUGAUUGUUGUAUCUGAUAAGGACCACUGUGCUUUGAAUAAUAUGUGUCCUGCAAACUCGACAUGUACGAACUCCCCUGGCACCAUUGUAUGCUCAUGUGACACUGGAUUCACUGGAAAUCAAACAUAUUGCCAAGAUAUCGACGAGUGUUUAAAUAGUCCAUGUGGAUACAAUACAAACUGCACAAACACCUUUGGUUCUUACAUUUGUAAAUGUCAAGCAGGAUAUGAGGGAAAUGGAACAAAUUGUACAGAUAUUGAUGAAUGUUUGUCUAACCCAUGUGGUUUCAACGCAAACUGUACAAACACUGGUGGUUCGUACCUUUGUGAAUGUAUAUCCGGGUAUGAAGGAAAUGGAACAACAAAUUGUACAGAUAUUAAUGAAUGUCUGGCAAACCCUUGCGAUGUUAAUGCAAAUUGCACCAAUAACGAUGGUUCGUAUGACUGCACUUGUCAUGUGGGAUACGAAGGCAAUGGCACAAGUUGUUCAGAUGUCAAUGAAUGUGAAAUGGAUCCAUGUGGUUUUAAUUCCAACUGCACAAACACUAAUGGCUCGUUUAUUUGUGAAUGCCAAACUGGAUUUGAAGGAAGUGGAGUAAAUUGUACCGACAUAGAUGAAUGUCAGUCAUCCCCUUGUGGUUACAAUGCAAAUUGCACCAACAUUGUUGGUUCUUAUGAGUGUGAGUGCAAGACUGGAUAUACAGGAAAUGGAACAAACUGUACAGAUAUCAAUGAAUGUCAAACAAAUCCUUGUGAUGGAAAUGCAAAUUGUACUAAUAACGAUGGCUCAUAUCUGUGUACCUGCCACAAAGGCUAUUCUGGAAACGGCGCUAGCUGUACAGACAUCGAUGAAUGUGCGGAGGGUAAUCCAUGUGGUUUCAAUACGAAUUGUAUGAACACUAAUGGUUCUUACACGUGCGAGUGUUUAUCUGGGUUUGAAGGGAAUGGAACAAAUUGCACAGAUAUCAACGAAUGUGAACGAAAUGCUUCCUGUCAUACAAAUGCAACUUGCACAAACGUUCCUGGAUCUUUCUACUGCGCUUGCAAAGCAAACUACAGUGGUGAUGGCUUCUUUUGUGAAGUGUUGACGUGCAAAGUGGAAGCCCUAUACUAUGCAACAACCGAUGCUAUCAAAGGCGUAUUCUCUGACGGUAACACGACCGUGACCAUAUUAUCAGCAACCGACGUGAAACUAAAUUAUGAUUCUGGGACUAAAAGACUCCUCUACUACGAUGGCACCAGUCUUAUCACAGUUAAGCUGGACGGAAGUAAUGCAACCACGAUAGCAUCUCUCACGACCAUCUCUCGAUUUACAGUAGAUCAUAUAACAAGAAAGGUCUACUACGUUACUGGACUAUUCAAAUCACUAAAUGUUAUUGACUUGAAUACUGGAAAUACAGCGGGGCUUAAUCCAACCGAUAUUGCUAAUGUUGACGACUUGGAUAGUGAUCCAGAUAACAGUUCCCUUGUAUUGGCUGACUCCACCAGAGGAGACAUUGUUCGCUAUUUUCUCGACAAUGACACAAAUGAAGUUGUGUACCAUAAUGACACAUCACCAAAAUACCUGACAGUUGACCCUCAGUAUAAAGUAAUUUAUUGGAUUGAUUAUAUCGAUGCUAGUGAUAGUUAUUCUCUUAUGAAGACAUAUUUCAAUGGUUCAACGUCUGAAGUGAAGUUCUACCCUGGUACAACAAGUUCAGUAAACGUUGCAAUAGGAAAAGAUAAUUUCUAUGCAAUGGAUAGCACAAGGAAACGUAUAGAUGUGUUUGACAGACCCACUGCUACUUUCCAAGAUUCAUUUUUUCUCAGUGAUUCUCCACAAGAAAUAACUGUUGUUGAAGAUUUGGAUGAAUGUUGUGUUGGUGGAUAUUGUCAUGAUAAUGCAACGUGUACAAACACACCAGGAAGUUAUUUCUGCACAUGCAAGGAAGGCUAUACUGGGAUAGGAACUAAUUGUGAAGGUACGCAGAGAUUUUGUGUCAUUUGUUAG